AUGGCCGCCGUGGAGAAUGGUCACCCCGUGACGGAUGAGAAUGCCGCUCCUGCGGUCUCCGCCUCGACCGACGAGGUCACCGUCUUCCAUGACCCCGAGAACUUCAACGUGAAGCACCCUCUCAUGCACGAGUGGACUCUGUGGUUCACCAAGCCCCCCAGUGGAAAGGGCGAUAACUGGAACGACCUACUCAAGGAAGUCGUCACAUUCAGCUCCGUCGAAGAAUUCUGGGGCAUCUACAACAACAUCACCCCAACCUCCGAACUCGGCCUAAAGGCCGACUACCACCUCUUCAAGAAGGGCGUACGACCGGAAUGGGAAGACCCGCAGAACAAGCACGGCGGCAAAUGGUCAUACCAAUUCAAAGACAAGCGAUCCGUCCCCAUCGACGACCUCUGGCUACACGCCCAGCUAGCCGCCAUCGGCGAGACGCUCGAGCAAGACGCCGACAACGAAGUCAUGGGCGUGGUAGUCAAUGUGCGCAAGGGAUUCUACCGAGUCGGACUGUGGACCCGCACCGUGGGCAAGAGUAUCCAGGGCGAUAAGAGUACCCGCACACCCGCGCAGGGUAAGGAUAUUCUCGAGGCGAUCGGGCGUCGGUUUAAGGAGGUCCUUCGUCUCAAGGAGGCGGAUGUGGUUGAGUUCUCUGGACACACUGAUAGUGCGCACAGUGGUAGCACCCGUGCCAAGGCUAAGUACACUGUCUAG